CAUAUUUUGGUGCAGUGGAAAUGUGAAAUUUGAGUCUCAAUGUACCAGGGCAGCCUCUGUCAGGGUAUGGUGGGAGUUGUACUCUUGCAAAAUCGGUAGAGCAUUAGGUUGUAUCCGGACCCAUAAGAGAUCUUUCACAUGCGGCAGAUUUUGUUGCAGAAAUUCCUGCAGCUUAAAGUCGGUUCUAUUCACCAGAAAUCCAUGUGCCUGACGCUCCAUUCAAAUAAGAACUGUUUUUCAGACGCGGAAACUUCUACAAAUAAACCGGCAGUGUGUGAGUGCGCCUCCCUGAGCCUCUGCGGCGUGGCUGGUGUCUCCGCUUACAUCUCUGUUUUCCUUCCAGAUGUGACCCCCGCUGUAUCAACACCCUUUGGACAUUAGGUGGCAGCAGCGAGCGGGGAAUAGCUCGGUGCUCGAUUGCUUUGUUAUGCUGGAGUCAGAAGGGGGCGGCCAUGUCGGAUGUAUCUGUGUAACCUGCUGCUGUCAGAGCGGGGAGACCCGCACCCCUCCCAUCACAUCCCCGGGACCGGGGGCAGUCCGUGCCCUAAAAUCUCGGGAAACCCGUUCCUCUCUGGACUGCUGCCUGGGUGGGGAGACCCCCGGAGGUGAGCCGGGGGCGUCCGCCUCCUCCUCUCAUCCGGGAUGUUCUCUAAAAAAACUCACGGGGAUGUGAAGAAAUCAACCCAAAAAGUGCUGGACCCCAAAAAGGAUGUACUGACCCGGCUGAAGCAUCUGAGGAUCAUGAUAGAAAAUGCAGAAUCUAUUGACCUCAGGCAGUUUUUUGAACAGAACUUCUCUCACAUCUACUAUGUUUUCUUUGAAAACUUUGUGAUUAUCGAGACGUCUUUAAAACAAAAAGGUCACAAGUCUCAGCGUGAAGAGCUCGAUGCCAUCCUCUUUAUCUUUGAGAAAAUUCUACAACUUCUUCCUGAGAGAAUUCACCAGCGAUGGCAGUAUCACAGCAUCAGUCUGAUCUUGAAAAAACUGCUUCACACUGGAAACUCCUUAAAGAUCCGCCUUGAAGGAAUGCGCUUGUUUCUCCUGUGGCUUCAAGCACUUCAGAACAACUGCAGUUGGGAGCAGCUCUGCAUGUUUGCCUGUCUCAUCCCUGGUUUCCCUGCGCCACCCUCCGACCAUGGAAUAUAUACUCUGGAUAAUCUUAUCAAUCAGCCCUUGAACCUGCAAGAAAGUCAAGUUGCCAUUGAGGAAAUUACACCACUCGUACCCCCCCAGUCAGGGGACAAAGCACAGGAGGAUCUGACCAGCUAUUUUCUGGAGGCCUUGUUGAAGUACAUGGUGAUACAGGUCCGGAGUCUGGAAUGGCAGAAUAAAGAUAAGGAGGAAGAUGGCUUUGCCUUCUUAUUCUCCAACUUCAAGAAAUACUACAUGCCUUAUAUUUUCCCUGCCAUGAGCAGAGAAAGCAGCCUAUACAACCCCGUACUUGAGAUACCACAGAUAAGACCAAAACCUCACUACAUGCUGGUCCGGAGGGAUGCAGAAAGCAACGAGGCUCAGUACUGCACCAAAGAGCCCUUUCUUAACGCCCGGGUCAUCGUCAUCAGAUGGCUGGUGUCCUUCUGGCUGGAACCCAAGCCACACAUGGGGACUCACAUCCCUGGGACUGAAGGGGAGAAUGUGCCAAAGAAUAUACAGAGAGCUGCUGCCAACCUGGCUGCCCAGGAGGAAAGUAGAAAUGAAAAUGGAGAAAGGACAACUGAGCCCGAGCAAUCGCACUCCAAUACCAGCACCCUUACAGAGCGGGAGCCGAGUGUCUCCAGCCUGUGCAGCAUCGCUGAAGAGCACGUCACAGACUACGAGAUCAUCCGCAGGUUCUUCUCCAGCAGACACAGUAACGUCGACUUUCUCAUUGAGAUCUUCCGGCAGUCUUUCUUGUUGCCGGUGUGUGAAGCGGCAGCCAUGCGCAAGGUGCUGAAGGUGUAUGAGCAGUGGAUUAAACAGAAGGAAAAACCCUUGUUCAUGCAAGAGCCUGAUAAGCCGUCUGCCUUAGAGGAAGGCAUUGUCAUAUCUGUUGAGCGGCAGGAAGGUUCUGCUGGGACGGAGAAGGGAAAAGAACGUGAAGAGGAUGCACUGACAGUUCCUCCAGGACAUGUCCGCACUGCCAGCUGGUCCAAGUGUCCCCAGGACUCCAGUAGCCAGCUCUCAGAAGCUGACCUCUUUGACAGGAAUGUGAAGGCUGGUGCUCAGGCCGUGUAUCAGGUUUUUAUCGUAAAUGCUGCAAAUAUAAUUUUGCUUGAACCGGCAAACGACAACAAGACCAUGUUAAAUGAACAUACGGACAUGUGCAAGAGAGUCCUGAACAUCUACCGUUACAUGGUGGUUCAAGUCUCCAUGGAUAAGAAGACCUGGAUGCAGUUGCUGCUGGUUAUGCUCAGGGUUACAGAGUCUGUCCUGAAGAUCCCACAACAGGUUCUACAGCAAUAUCAAGGCAGGAAGAAUCAGAUUUUGGCUGGCCGGUUGGCGGGACCCUUGUUUCAGACGCUGAUUGUGGCCUGGAUUAAGUCCAGCCUUCAUGUUAGCGUCUCCCGAGAACUGUGGGACGAUUUAUUGGCAGUUAUGUCAUCGCUGACGUACUGGGAGGAGCAGGCCACAGAGUGGGCUCACACCAUGGAAACGUUAACCAAAGUGCUGGCCAAAAACGUCUACCAUCUUGACUUGAACGAGUUGCCAUUAGACAAGCUAAGCGAGCAAAAGCAGAAGAAGCACAAGGGCAAAGGAGGCGGCCAUGAAUUUCAGAAAGGUGCAGUGGAUAAGUCGUUCUCACGAGGGUGGAGCAGAGAGCAGCCCGGCCAGGCUCCGAUGCGCCAACGCAGUGCCACUACCACCGGAUCUCCUGGCACUGAGAAAGCCAGAAGUAUUGUGCGGCAGAAGACUAUUGCCAUGAGGAGCCGAUCCAUUGGGGACAGUGCCCUGCCAUCAGCCUCUAUCCGCAGCGCUAAAAGUGCACCUGUCCUGAUCCAUCCUUCCAAACCCCUUCUGCCUGAUAUUGUUCUCACUCUGCUUUCCGAUGAGCUGUCAGAAAUGGAUGACGCCCCUGUCCAUCCACGCGUUCCCCGAGUAAGGCAUUACUCCCAGAGUGAGGAGACCCCUACGGAGACAUUUGGAGGAGCCAAUGAGGAAACCUCAACUUUACCUCGCAGCAGCAGCACAUCUGACAUCCUGGGGCCCAUGACGGCUGAGAGAGUCAAAGGUGCAGUGCCAGUUGCAGACCAUCCCUCCCCUCAGACUUUGGACCCCCCUUGUGCUAACACACACUGUCAGGAAGCAUCCCUAACACAGGCGGAUGGCAGUAUAUAUGAUCACCUUUGCCAAUUGACUGGCUCGGCUGAAUUGACAGAUGCAGAAUUUGAGCAGGGCUGGUAUGAGGAAUUGGAGGGAGGAGGAGACCUUUUGCCUUUUUUAAGGGAGUAUUUCAAAGCGCAAAGCAUUCAAGGUGAUGAGAUGGAAAAAAGCAAGGUCGGGUCUACUUUGGUGGAUCAUAAAAAAGAGCACCUUGAUGAAUCAGAGUUGUGCCCUAAAGGAGACGGCCGUACAGUGUUAAUCGAGGGGCUCCAUCACCCACCACAGGGUGAGAGUGGUUCAGGUUUAGAGGGGCACGUAGCCAGGAAAUCGGGGGGUUUGAAGGUACCUGGUAGAUCGAGGGAUGUUCAUGUGAGGAUUCAGGUUGACGGAGAGUUAACCGAAAGUAAAUCUGUUCUGGAGCAAGUUGACCGGAAGAGAGGUCUGUUUAGACAAGCUGCAGCAGAGGAAGAUGAGGUUCCUGAUCUGCAAUCUUCUCAGCCUCCUCAAUCUUCAGGUGGUGAACACGGGGCCAACAUAAAGAACUUGUGCGAGUCUGUGACGCACAAGGCCAAAGCAAUUCGCCGAAAACGCAACAGUGUGCAGGUCUCUUUCCGUCCUUCGACUGAGGCGGUGCUUUUCUACAAUUCUAUGGAGAACAAAGAUGCCCCAUGGAAAGCCAGGCUGCGCAAGAUAAGUGGCUUGAGUUCAAACUCCUCCAUAGUUGUGGAUACAGGGAAGCCCACGGCAUCCACCGCCAUGGGUGCAGUGAGAGUAGCGUCAGGCGUUAGCCAGUCAGGGACUGACCAAACUGGUGUUCCCUACCCUCCAACACAAGUGCAUAAGGAACCUAGCCGCACCAGGCCGCGGUCUAGCAGUCAAGAGAGAGCCUCUUCUCAUGCGUCUUUAGGAGGCGUAUAUAAAUCUGUUGUUCAUGCUCUCUCAAAACCUAAGGCCAGCGUGUCCCUGCAGAAGCAGCAAAGGACGGCAGCCGAGGCUCCACUGAAGGACCUGUACGGUCAUGUAAUGGGCUAUUUUGGAAGGAAGGCAGCAGCCACCAAAGAGGAUUUAGCUCCCCAAAUAAAUUCUCUGAAUAGUGAUAUCAACUCAAGCUCCAACAUCCCCGAUCUGAUGGAUGAAUUCAUAGCGGAGCGGCUGAGGUCGGGCACAGUUCCGAAUUUGACAAGAAGAGGUAGUAGCCCCGGCAGUCUUGAGGUCCCUAAAGAUUUGCCUGACCCACUAAACAAACAUAGCCAAAUGCGUCCAGUAGAUGAUCCUGGUGUCCCAUCUGAAUGGACCUCUCCAGCCAGUGCUGCCAGCAGUGAUCUGCUAAGCUCAGACAGCCACUCCGACUCAUUCAAUGCCUUUCAGUAUGAGGGGAGGAAGUUUGAAGCUGGUUUCCCAUUUGGCAGCGAUUCAGCAGCUCCUCUCACCACAGAGACAGAUGCCGGGUCCAUACAGCUAAGCACAGAAGAACAAGAGGUUGUAAGCCUGACCACUCUCCAUAUUGACUCCGAAACCAGCAGUCUUAACCAGCAGGCCCUGUCUGCAGAUGUGCUGGUUACUGCAGGCUCUGAAAAUGCAUCUCCUGCCGUCUCUGCUCAUGGCUCACGCUCCCAAACGCCGUCUCCUGCUGUGUUUCCUCCUGAUCAGACAGAACUGCAUGAGAAGCUUCAACAUUCGGUGUUACAGACGCCAGACGAUAUAGAGCCUUGUGAAUUCCCGCUGGAAAGCUGCAGCGUAAUGGCAGGUGGGACGCUAACCGGCUGGCAUGCCGAUGUAUCGACAGUUAUGUGGAGGAGAAUGCUAGGAAUCCUGGGAGAUGUCAAUAAUAUAGGCAACCCUGAAAUCCAUGCGCAGGUUUUUGACUAUUUAUGCGAGCUGUGGCAGAACCUGGCCAAGAUUCGAGACAAUUUGGGGAUUUCUUUGGAUAAUAUGUCAUCUCCUCCCCCGCCUGUACUUAUCCCACCCUUAAGGAUCCUCACCCCGUGGCUUUUUAAGGCCACAAUGUUACCAGACAAGUACAAACAAGGGAAACUCCAUGCCUACAAACUGAUCUGCAAUAUUAUGAAGAGAAGACAAGAUGUGUCUCCAAACCGAGACUUCUUAACGCACUUUUACAAUAUUAUGCACUGUGGCUUGCUCCAUAAUGAUCAGGAUAUAGUAAACACCAUCAUCAAGCACUGCUCUCCUCAGUUUUUUUCACUGGGGCUCCCAGGGGCCACCAUCUUAAUUAUGGACUUUAUUGUAGCAGCAGGAAGAGUUGCUGCCUCAUCUUCUUUGAAUGCUCCACGUGUGGAAGCUCAGGUCCUUUUAGGAUCUCUGGUCUGCUUUCCUAACCUCUAUCAGGAGCUCCCAGCCCUGCACCCUACCGGCUCUGAAAUUGUCAUGUCCAAGUUCACAGAUGUAAAGGAGCUCACAAUCAAAACUGUUCUAAACUCUGCCAGAGAAGAGCCAUCUGGGCCUGCGAGAUGUGUAGCACUGUGCAGCCUUGGGAUCUGGAUGUGUGAGGAGCUGGUCAAUCAGACACGUCAUCCACAGAUCAAAGAAGCGCUUAAUGUCAUCUGCGUGUCCCUCAAAUUUCCCAACAAAGUUGUUGCACAAGUGGCCUGCAGCGUGCUGAACAUCCUCCUCAGCUACGCCCCUCAGCUGCAGAUUUACCAUCCGGACUAUCCGCUGAAAAUUAUCGAGAUCCUUCUAGCCACUGUGACACAUCUCUUGCCAACUGCUGAGACCUCUUCAUAUGAACAAGAUAAACGAUUGAUCGUGUCCCUGCUGCUCUCGCUUCUAGAAUGGAUGAUGGCAUUACCGCUGGCAGUAUUACUGAAGCCAGUGCAGCAUUCUGGCGGUGGAAACCAAGGAAGGGAAAAUUCUGUAUUGCACUGUGCUUACAAGGUUUUGCAUGACUGUAUUUAUGGCUCGCAGCAUUUCAGCAACCCGCGGUACUUUCCCCUGAGCCUUUCAGAUCUGGCAUCUGAAGACUAUGAUCCCUUUUUGCAGCUGGAAUGCCUGAAGGAACCAGAGCCCCUCCACUCCCCAGAUUCAGAGCGGUCCACUAAACUACAGCCGGUCACCGAAGUGAAAACCCAAAAGCAGCAAGGUUUGAUCCCAGUAGCAGCAAGGACCGUUAUCACACAUCUGGUGAACCACCUAGGACAUUAUCCCAUGAGUGGAGACCCUGCCAUGCUGACUAGCCAGAUCUGUGAGAAUCAUGACAACCCCUACAGUGAAAGCUCUGACCUCUCCCCACAGCUCUUCCAUAGCCCCAACCUUCAGUUCUUUGUACUGAAUAAUACCACACUAGUGUCCUGCCUGCAGAUCCCAGCAGAGGAGAAGCUGCCUCCUGGUGAGGAACUAUCUUCUGCUAGUUCAAUGGUUCGCAUUAUCAUGAGGGACCUUUCGGGCAAGUACAGUUGGGAAUCUUCCAUCCUUUAUGGACCUGCCCUUGAACAUUCAGGACAAAAGUCUCAGUGGUCUUCCCUUCUUCCUGCCUUUAAUACGUCUUCUGUUACUGUAGAAGAAGAACAGUCAACAGGCCAACGGGAGUCUGAGGAAUUCUCCUUGGUUCAUUCUAGAAGAAGAGGCAUGGAAGCUCUGCCUUUAUGGGACAGCUUGUCAGAUGAGGAGGAUGCUCUUGACUGCCUUUUGCAGUAUCUGGGAGCCACAGGUCCUGAGUGCCUUCAAAGAGCUGGAGUUCCUCUAAACGUUCCCUCUCCACCACCUGCCUGCUUUUCUGAAAAACUGGAGAAUGAGGUCAGUAAUGCUAUUUUAAAGCAAAGCGCAGAAGAGAAGGAAUUUGUAGAGAAGCAUUUCAGUAACCUCCACAUGAGAGCGAUGCCUCAAGAGGAACCAGACAACCAAAAACCAGAGUCAGCCUUCUACUACUCCCGACUGCUGCUCAGCAUUUUAGGCAUGAACUCCUGGGAGAAAAGGAGAAACUUUCAUCUUCUCAAGAAAAAUGAGAAGUUGCUUCGAGAACUUAGGAAUCUAGAUUCCAGGCAAUGCCGCGAAACACACAAAAUAGCAGUUUUCUACAUUGCUGACGGGCAGGAAGAUAAACACUCGAUACUCUCCAACACGGGCGGCAGUCAGGAUUAUGAGGACUUUGUGGCUGGGCUUGGGUGGGAGGUGAAUCUAGCUAACCACUGUGGCUUCCUGGGAGGGCUUCAGAGGAACAAGAGCACUGGACUGAGCACUCCUUAUUUCACCACUUCUAUGGUAGAAGUCAUGUUCCACGUGUCCACUCGGAUGCUUUCUGACUCAGACGACUGUUUAACAAAAAAGCUUCGCCACCUCGGCAAUGAUGAAGUGCAUAUCGUCUGGUCGGAGCACAGCAGAGAGUAUCGUCGAGGCAUUAUACCCACCGAGUUCGGGGAUGUGCUACUAGUUAUCUAUCCCAUGAAGAAUCAUAUGUUCAGCAUCCAGAUUAUGAAGAAACCCGAAAUCCCUUUUUUUGGACCACUUUUUGAUGGAGCCAUUGUGAACGGUAAAAUACUUCCAGGCUUGGUUCGGGCAACCGCAAUUAACGCUAGCCGAGCGCUGAAAUCUCUCAUCCCAUUGUACCAGAACUUCUUUGAGGAGCGAAUGCGGUAUUUGAAUCUAAUCAUCCAGCAACAUUUGGAGCCAACCACCUUUGAAGAUUAUGCUGCGCAAGUCUUCUGCCCAGCUCCAAACCAUAACCACCAUCAUCUAAUGAAUUCACAUCAUUAAAUCUCUGUUCUCUUUAUGAGAGGUAAGCCCUGAUUCUCUUGUCACUUCCUUCAGCGCUGAAUCGCCCUACUAACCUGCAUGCUUCUGUACUCGCCUUGCAUGAUUUCACAGAAUGGCUACUGGUACCAGGUUGGUUAGCAUAAUUCCUGCGUCUGGUUUAACCAAUAUGUCAGUUCUUUUGGUGGUUUAGGGCUUCUAUUUGGCAUUCUAAGUUACAUUUGCAUGCAUUAUGUAGAC